AUGUAUCCAAAAAGUUCAAAACCAUACGAAACUCAUACUAUUUACAUGAACAACAAUCCCAUUUCAAUCAAAAGUGUCACCCUUAAUUCCAAGUAUGAUCCAGCGGCGAGGUAUGAGCGAAAUCCAGAGGAACCCAAUAAUUUCUUUAAGCGAGUACGGAUGGGCCGGCUGUAUGGAGAUAAGACACCUUGGGAGUAUUAUUUACACUACGAUGAGAAUGAUCGUUCCAGAGAUUCGUAUCAGUCUCUGAAAGCUAAGAUGGACGAGUAUAAUUCAAGAAUGCAAAGUAAGGAAGACAGAAAAAACAAGAUAGUCAUGGAUACUGAUGAGUUUCGAAAGAUAGUUGACAAUUUAACGAAAAAGAGUGUAUCAUCUCAAGAGACACAAACUUCCACGCAGCAGGAAGAAAAUUGUAUGACCACAAACCCUAGCCAACCUACUCCAGUAUUGGUCCCAACUGCGAAUUCGAUGGUGCUGGAAGAAGAGUUGACAAGUAACUCUGCUCGAUCUUCUCCCAAAGGAGCUCUUUCAAAAAAGAAAAAGAAAAAAGAAUUGAAGAAGAAUUCCCUCUGUCGUCGCAUCAGAAAUCAUUCGAAGCAUCCCCGUAUAAUUGUUACAAAGCCAACCAGCUCUAAGAAAUCAAAACUAGACCCAACCUCAUCCACUAAAUCGAAAAACAAAGCUAUGACAAAACCUGAACGAAUUAACACCACAACCAGCUACUAUUCAAAUUGUUCAUCGUCUUCAGCCAGUUCAAAGUCCACUAGGAGCUCUAUGAUAACAGAAGGGCCAGAAAAGCAAAAACAAAGAAGGAAAACAAGCAUCACUUCAAAACCUGUCCUUACUACAGACAAGAGGUUCGAAAAAUCAAUGAAACGAAUGCAAAGCACUAAAAAGAAAGCUGAAACAGUUGACAAAUAUAUCAACUUACUUGCUUCUCCAGAUAAGAAGCUUGUUAAAGAGAGAAUGGAGAGCUGUAGUAGACACUCCUCUCCGUCCUCCAAAUCGACAAACUCGAUGAUCACUUCUACGACAACCUCUGCCCAUUUAUGUGACGAACAAGAUUCGAGACAACUUGGAAAAGAAUAUGACGAAAUUUGUUCAGUGUUUCCCUCUACCGUUUCUACCGCUGUUGCUACUUCUAAAACUGUGCAAAAAUGUUUUGAUGAUGUUCUGAAGUAUUUUGAAAAGCACAAGUUUGAUUCUGCCCUCAAAGAGAAUGCGUCAGAUUUAGAGGAUGUCACUCUGUCUUCUUUCAGCGAAGAUACUGAUAUUUUGGCCAAAUAUCAUACCAGUGACUAUGAAGAUAACGAGGAGUUGGAUGAGAAAUUUUUCGAACAGGCAAGUGAUUUUUCUGACAACGAAAGCUAUGACGAAUUCACUCAAGACACCGAAAAUUUGAUGUUAAAUGCCAGUAAUUUGUCCAUCUCGUCGAAUUGCUCGAUUGACACAAUUUCAAUGUCUUCCUCUAGAGAUGAAAUUUCGAUAGCGGUUUCAAGCCAUUUGUUACCACACGCUUCAAGGGUCUAA